AUGGCUAUGCUGGCCUUGGACCGAGCUCAGGGUCUCUGGAGAUCUUGGAGAGUCAACCUCGGGCUGAAGACCCUUCAGCUUCCUGCUUCCUUCUGGACAACCAUGUCUGCCUGGCCUCCGUCCUGGCUCCUCGCCCUCUGCUCCAUGGUGCUGCUGGCCUCCCUCGGGUCAGCCCACCAACCCCCCAACAUUGUCCUGAUUUUUGCGGAUGACCUGGGCUUUGGAGACCUGGCCAGCUAUGGACACCCCACCUCGGCCACCCCCAACCUGGACAAGAUGGCUGCCGAGGGCCUGCGCUUCACGGACUUCUACAGCAGCAGCCCAGUCUGCAGCCCUUCCAGGGCAGCCCUCCUGACGGGGCGCUACCAGACCCGUUCCGGCAUCUAUCCUGGCGUCUUUUAUCCCGGCUCGCAGGGGGGCCUCCCGCUGGCCGAGGUGACAGUGGCCGAAUUGCUGAAGGAGCACGGCUAUGCCACCGCCAUGGUCGGCAAGUGGCACCUGGGCCUGGGCCUCAACGGCACGUUCCUGCCCACCAACCAAGGCUUUGACCACUUCCUGGGGGUGCCCUACUCGCACGACCAGGUGGGAAGCUGCAGGGGGG